ACACUUUGCUGAGACAAGACAGUUAUUAGGCGGCGCGGGGCAGCGGGCAUGGAGCUCCAGGAGGCGAGGCAGAGCCGGGCGCACUGCGAUCCCGCGUUCAUGGCAGCGCAGCUCGCUUCCAGCCGUCGCUCCUUCCUCUUAGUUUCCUGUUCCUAGACGCCUCCUCCCCCGCCCCAACCUCCGCAGGUCCCUCUCUCUAUGGAUUCAUUUCAGACUGCACAGAUGUUGAGCUUGCCCGCCGCCGAGCUCGGCAGCAACAACUUAGAACUGGCGGAGCUGGCGGAGCCGGAAGAGCGGGCGGCAUCGGUGUCCGGAGGAGACUGAGGCCACCCAGACGAGUCUCCCGAGAGCUCCGAAGCUCCCCGGACCCAAGAGCUGGAGCAAACACAGCCGCCUCCGGGGACCUCGACGCCGUCAGAGUGCAAAGUCCUGCUCACGCAGGCAGAUGCCUUGGCAUCCGGGGGGCGCCUUCGGGAAGCCCUCGAGGUGUACCGACAGCUCUCCGAGAGGCAGCAGCUCGUGGCUGAGCAGCUGGAGCAGCUGGUGCGCUGUCUGGCUGAGAGCGUCCCGCAAAAGGAGCCGGUGGCGCCAGCUCCCUCGGACCAGAGCGGCACCUCGAGCUGCUGCAAGGUGGCCGUGCAAGAGGCAGGGGAGGCUGCAGCCGUGGCCCCCGAGGUAUGGGAUGGCUUUAAGUGCCGGAAGUGUCACGGAUUUCUCUCAGACCCGGUGUCCUUGUGGUGCGGCCACACCUUUUGUAAACUGUGCCUGGAACGUGGGCGGGCCGCCGAUCGGCGCUGUGCGCUGUGCGGGGUCAAGCUCUCGGCUCUCAUGAUGGCCAGUGGGAGGGCACGCGGGACGCGGCGGGCCGAGCAGCCGGCGCCACUGCAACUGCGAGUCAACGUGGUACUCAGCGGCCUCCUGGGCAAGUUGUUCCCGGGCCCGGCGCGGGCGUCGCAACUCCGGCACGAGGGCAACCGGCUGUAUCGCGAGCGCCAGGUGGAGGCAGCUCUGCUCAAAUACAACGAGGCAGUUCGGCUGGCUCCAAAUGAUCAUUUGCUUUAUAGCAAUCGGUCUCAAAUUUAUUUCACCUUGGAGUCUCAUGAGGAUGCACUGCAUGAUGCAGAAAUAGCAUGUAAACUUCGGCCAAUGGGUUUUAAGGCACACUUCAGAAAAGCACAAGCGUUAGCCACCCUAGGCAAGGUGGAGGAAGCGCUCAGAGAAUUUCUCUACUGUGUAUCCCUUGACGGAAAAAACAAGAAAGCCAGAGCGGAAGCUCAAAGGGAAAAUCCAGAGCUUCCACAUUGUUCUAGUCAGGAGGAAGCAGCAGCUGGGGGAGACAGCAGCAACAUGGAGAAUUCAGCUCAAGUAAAGGUGGGUGGUCAAGAAGACAGUGUGAAAGAUCAGGAAGAAGACGAGCAGGAUGCGGCCUCCAUCAGGUCUGGCAAAUGCCAGGGGAAAAAAAGGAACCAUUGCCAAAUUGAUGAAAACCAAGAAGAUACAGACGCGCCCAAUAAAGUCUCCAAACAAGAUCUUCCAGCUCAUCAAGUGGCCAAACCAGAUCUCAGUAUUCCGCUUGCAUCUUUUGAUGCCUCUGACCUUGAAUGCUCACUGUGUAUGAGAUUAUUCUAUGAGCCAGUCACAACACCUUGUGGGCACACCUUUUGCUUGAAAUGUCUUGAGCGAUGCCUAGAUCAUAAUGCAAAGUGUCCACUGUGCAAAGACGUUCUUUUACAGUGCUUGCCAUCAAGAAAGUAUAGCAAAAAUGUAAUAAUGGAAGAACUAAUAGCUAAAUUCCUGCCAGAAGAACUCAAGGAACGAAGGAGGCUUUACGAAGAGGAAAUGGAAGAACUCUCUAACUUAAAUAAGAACGUGCCUAUUUUUGUGUGUACCAUGGCCUAUCCCACCGUUCCUUGUCCCCUGCACAUCUUUGAGCCUUGUUACCGACUGAUGAUUCGGAGAUGUAUUGAGACAGGCACGAAACAGUUUGGCAUGUGCCUUGGAGAUCCUGUCAAAGGGUUUGCAGAAUAUGGCUGCAUCUUAGAGAUCAGAAAUGUCCAAUUCUUUGCUGAUGGCCGAUCGGUGGUUGACAGCAUAGGCAAGAGGCGCUUCAAGGUGCUCCAUCAGGGCCAGCGGGAUGGCUACAACACAGCUGAUAUUGAAUAUAUCGAAGAUCAAAAGGUUCAGGGAGAAGAUUGUGCUGAACUCAUGGGCUUACAUAACUGUGUGUAUGAGCAAGCAUCCUCAUGGUUUCAUUCGCUCAAAAUAUCUCUGAAGAAUCGGAUACUAAAUCAUUUCGGUCCAAUGCCAGAGAAAGAUGAAGAUCCCCAGGUUAAUCCAAAUGGUCCAGCCUGGUGCUGGUGGACAUUAGCGGUUCUUCCCCUGGAAAGCAGAGCUCAGCUCCCCUUCCUAGCAAUGAGGUCCUUAAAGGAUAGACUCAACGGUAUUCGGAGAAUCCUGGCCUUCAUAUCCAGAAACCAAAAUUAGUGGGAAGCAGAUUGCAGAAGAGGCAUUUCCACCCUCUCUACUGCCCUGGGGCGAUGUUCUUGUAAAUAUAUCUAAUUGCAAUAACACCUUAACAGAAGAGAGUAUCCUAGAGAGAUGUUACUCUGCUUUUUGACCACACAGAAAUUGAGUAGGAAGACCGAAAGAAUGUCACCUGUUUGACUUUCUGUCUUCAGAUGCUUUUUGACACAAACAACCAGAGGUGUGGAAGAGCCCAGAAAAAGUUGUUUAGCACCAAUUUUUCUGAAAGUCGAAUGUGACCUGUCUUUCAUAACUGAGUGACUGUGUGGUUGAAAUGUGAAGCAGAGAUGCUAACAUCACUGCAUUCUUUCACUGACUUGAGGUCUCGUUUCAAAUGGUUCAGGUUUUAUAGAGAAUUGUGUAAAAUAAUGUUCAUACUUCUUUCUGUUUUAAUAAUUUAUUUUUUGCACUACUGUAUCCUUUUUCUACAUGUACGUUUGUAACUAUUUAAGUGUACAUUACUGAAAAGUCCGUUGCUUUAUUUAUUGAUGUGGUUGACUAUGUAUGUAGGGGGAAUAACAGUACUAAACAUGUGCAAUGUUCUUUACUUUUUUUUUUUCUGAAUUGAUCCCAAUUCUUGGGCCAUUCUUAUAUAGUUCAUGUCUAUCCUAGUGGACUAAGUUUCAAGGAAUUUUGGAAGGCUUCUAAGGUAAUUUGUCUUCACAGAUUCCACUCUUUCAGUUUGACUUAAGUGAUAGAAAAUACUUAAUUGAUUUGGCAUAAGUUGUGGUGUGUGCAAGAGUAAAGUGAACUAAUCCAUUUUCUGUGUGUAAUACAGAAUAAGGCUGAACAAAUUCUUUAGGAAUGGAGAGAUGAAUUAGAAGUGUCUUUUAUUACAAUCUAUUAGAGGUAUUUGUUUCAGGCAAUCUAGUUAGAAGUGUAUUAAUUUCUCUCUAGUGCAGUUAAGGAUAAGAUUAAUAGUUAUCUGGUUUUUCAGAGAGAAUGGCAUCAAGACCUGUACCAGCAUCUGCUGAAAUACUUGAGGGACUAUUCCUUCUUAAAAGUGUAAAGAAAUCAGAAAGGUUAGAAUCCCUUUAAAUCUCUAUAAAAGAACCAGAGACUGCAUCCAUGAUUUCAUGUAAACACUACCUUCCCUCCUGCUAACAAUGGGCCAAAGAUUCCAGUGCAGGGGGAGAAAGGAAAGAGAAGGGGGGGCAGCAGUGGCUGCUUAGCUUGCUUAGCACUUGUCUGAGGCCUUUGGCAUCAGAGAAAGCUGAAAAAUAGAUCGUGGGAGUGUUAUAAUGGCAGAGGAAAAUUAGAGCCGGGAAAAGUGAAUGGUCGCAUUUGUCUCUUACUCAAACUACUCCCAGGUGGUUUUGGACAGCUAAGGUGUGUUAGUCACGUGUAGCCUCUCCACUCUGUUAACGAGAGAGAGAGAGAGAGAGAGAGAGAGAGAGAGAGAGAGAGAGAGAGAGAGAGAGAGAGAGAGAGAGAGAGAGAUUGAUUCAAGGUUUAGUCUGGGUUCUUCUGUAACCACAAGAAACAUGAAGGAGGUGGGGUUUUUGUGUUAGACAGAGGUGGUCUCCAGAUGCUGUAAAAGAGACUCAUGUAAGCAGAAAGUAAAUGAUCAUCUGCACUUGCUUAUGUAGGCUGUGUUGUCAGAGCAUUACCAGCUUUGAAGUUUGGAAUAAUCUGGGCAGGUGAAGAAUGCAAGUGUAUGGAAUGGAAAUACAGGAUGGAGUGCUAUCUGAGUUAAGUCUAGAGGGCUCAGAGAGCAGGAAAUGAAGAUGCUUUCCUCUCACACCUGACACCCGACCAUACGAUCAUGGCAAAGUGUUCGACUAUGAUUGUUUCCUAAUUCUAUAGUACAAACCCAACAGAGAAAAGAGUCGAAAGCUUCUCCACUUAUUACAUGUCUUACUUUGGCAUUAAUUGAACUUGCGUUGAGGUCCAGUUUCUUCAUGUAUGAAAUGGUAGUGGUGCUCAUAUACUAAAACUGGAAUGACACAGAGAAGAUUAGCACAGCCUCUUUGCAAGGAUGGGAUGCAAAUUUGGAUAGCAUUCUAGAUUUUUAUUAAAAGAUGGAAUAGUGGUGGUAUUAAUAGCAUAUAGGCUUCCUAGGAAUGUUAAAUGGGACAUGUCAGAAAUUACUUAGUGCAGUACCUUGAUGAUGGGAGAUAUAAACUGUAACUAUUAUCAGCCACGUUGU